UCAUGGUUCCUUUUUUCCUUUUCUUUCAUUUUCCCAUCUGCAGUUGAGUAUGACAAGGAGUUCACGCCUCACCAGCGGCACCACAAGGAAUUCAAAUUUAAUUUGUCUCAGAUUCCUGAGGGCGAGGCUGUCACAGCCGCUGAGUUUCGGAUCUACAAGGACUGCGUUGUGGGGAGCUUUAAAAACCAAACCUUCCUUAUCAGCAUCUACCAAGUGCUGCAGGAACAUCAGAACAGGGCCUCUGACCUGUUUCUGCUGGACACACGGGCGGUGUGGGCCUCAGAGGAGGGCUGGCUGGAGUUUGAUGUCACUGCCACCAGUAACAUGUGGGUGAUGAACCCUCAGCACAACAUGGGACUGCAGCUGAGCGUGGUGACCCAAGAUGGUUUCAGCGUAAAUCCUAGAGAAGCAGGCCUUGUAGGCCGAGAUGGUCCUUACGACAAACAGCCCUUCAUGGUGGCCUUCUUCAAAGUGAGCGAAGUUCACGUACGGACCACUAGGUCAGUGACGAGCAGGCGCAGGCAGCAGAGUCGGAACCGCUCCACCCAGGCUCAGGAUGUUUCCAGGGUGUCUAGUGUCACAGAUUACAACAGCAGUGACUUAAAAACAGCGUGCAGAAAGCAUGAGCUUUACGUUAGCUUCCAAGACUUGGGAUGGCAGGACUGGAUAAUCGCUCCAAAGGGCUACGCAGCCAACUACUGUGAUGGGGAGUGCUCAUUCCCACUCAACGCCCAUAUGAACGCAACCAACCAUGCCAUUGUACAAACCCUGGUUCAUCUUAUGAAUCCUGAUUACGUUCCCAAACCCUGCUGUGCACCUACCAAACUAAAUGCCAUAUCUGUUCUUUAUUUCGAUGACAAUUCUAACGUCAUCUUGAAGAAAUACAGGAAUAUGGUUGUAAGAGCUUGUGGAUGUCACUGA